AUGAUUGACGGACCAAAGUUCAACGGCUUCAUCGGAGGAAACAAUCACAACCACAACAGUUACUAUGAGCUCUACCAGAAGCUUGAAGGUUCCAACAUGUCUAUCGACAGUGCACAAACAAUCACUGUGGGAGAUUCUGUAGCAACGUCGAUGGAUGACAGCAGCGUUGGUUCCAACGAUUCCAAAACACACAUUUUAGGCCAUCCAGGUCUAGGACCAGUGCGUCAAAGCUACACCGGAACUGCGGAGAACAGUCUUUUCCGUCCAGGUAACCACGACCUUAACGACGACGCUCUAGCGCAAGCCUUGAUGGAUAGUAGUGUUCUGGUUGAAGGAUUGGCGGAGUUUGAUGAAUGGACGCUUGAUUUGAGGAAGCUUCAUAUGGGUUCUGCUUUUGCUCAAGGAGCUUUUGGUAAGCUUUAUCGAGGGACGUACAAUGGUGAGGAUGUUGCUAUUAAGAUACUUGAGAGGCCUGAGAAUGAUCCGGAGAAGGCUCAGCUGAUGGAGCAACAGUUUCAGCAGGAGGUUAUGAUGCUUGCAACGCUUAAGCACCCGAAUAUCGUGAGGUUUAUUGGUGCCUGUCGUAGAUCAAUCGUCUGGUGCAUUGUUACAGAGUAUGCUAAGGGAGGUUCGUUGAGACUGUUUUUGACGAGGAGACAGAACCGAGCUGUGCCUUUGAAACUGGCGGUUAAGCAGGCGUUGGAUGUUGCUACUGGGAUGGCGUAUGUGCAUGGGCUUGGAUAUAUUCACAGAGAUUUGAAGUCGGAUAAUCUUCUGAUCUCUGCGGAUAGAUCUAUCAAGAUUGCAGAUUUUGGUGUUGCUAGGAUUGAGGUCAAAACAGAAGGGAUGACUCCAGAGACAGGGACUUACCGUUGGAUGGCUCCGGAGAUGAUCCAGCACAGGCCUUACACGCAGAAGGUUGAUGUGUACAGCUUCGGGAUCGUGCUAUGGGAGCUAUUGACGGGGAUGGUCCCGUUUCAAAACAUGACGGCCGUGCAAGCGGCAUUUGCGGUUGUGAACAGAGGAGUGAGACCAGCGAUCCCAUCCGAUUGCCUUCCCGUGCUGAGCAACAUCUUGACUCGUUGUUGGGACGCUAACCCUGAAGUGCGUCCACCGUUCACUGAAAUUGUGAUGAUGCUCGAGCGCGCCGAAGCAGAAGUAAUGAACAACAUUCGUAAAGCCAGGUUCAGGUGCUGUGUUCAACCUAUGACCACUGACUGA